CUCCCUGCCAAAACGCCAAGCUACAUUCCGCGACAUCAGCCCCGAGUAGCACGGUCGACGGCACCACUCGAACUGGCGGUCUCUGGUUGAGCAGCAGCAGCAGCAACAGUAGCGGCAGCAGCAAUGUCGCAUUUAGUAGGCUCCGGCAAGACCGCAAGCAGCAAAGAGCAGGCGGGCCUGCGCUACCCGUCCAAUGGGAAGACUAUUUAUCACCGGCCGCUCAACCGCACCAAGAACGCCGAGCUCAGCCAGGCGAGCUUCGCCUACCUCUUUUCUGAGAUGGUAAAUUAUGCACAGCGGCGGGUAACAGGCAUUCAGGAGCUCGAGAAGCGCCUCAACCUCCAGGGCCACCCCAUCGGCCUCAAGCUACUCGACCUCCUCCUGACCCGCGAGCCGCCACGGUCCCAGACGCGCCCGCUGACCAUCAUCGCGCUGCUGCACUUCAUCAAGAUCAACCUGUGGACGCACCUGUUUGGGCGGCAGGCGGACCGGCUCGAGAAGAGCUCGGACCCGGCGGCGCCCGACGAGUACAUGAUUGUGGACAACGAGCCGCUCGUCAAUGCCUACAUCAGCGUGCCGCGCGAGAUGAGCCAGCUCAACUGCGCCGCCUUCGUCGCGGGCAUCGUCGAGGGCGUGUGCGACGGCGCCAUGUUCCCCGCCCGCGUCACGGCGCACAGUGUCGGCGGCAAGGAGGAGGGCGAGAUGUGGCCGGGGAAGACGGUGUUUCUGGUCAAGUUCCAGCCCGAGGUCCUGGAGAGGGAGGCGCUGAUUGGGAAGGGCUGAGUGAGGACGACGGCGAUCAAGUGCAUUACACCUUGAUUAGACUCGGGUGGUUCUGGGCAUGGUUCUAUUCCUUGGCGUUUGGGGUUUGGGGGAGCAAGCUCGGUUUUGGUUUGUUUAAAAUGGCCCAUUGAUACAUGUUGCAAGAGGGAGAUCGAGACAGAAGUAGAAGGCAAUGAUGGAUAUUCCCAGGCUAGCCCGCCUAACAGAGUGCGCCUUGUCCCUUGAUCACCCAAUGAUGCUAAGUCCCUAACUGCGAGUGACACCGAAAACU